AUGGGCAGUAUUCAUGACACCCUGGAACUUUCUUCUCAGUUAAGCGGAAAAACCCUUCGCAUUCCAAACCUGCAAGCCAUCUUUCAGCAUUGGCCUUCUGCCAUAAACACGCGGCUGGCGUGCCUCCGGCGUGAAAUUGAUGUAUUGCUUGAGAAGACCAUUGACGACGAGCGGAAACUCAACGCUCUGAAAUUUUGUGACUUCGCCCUCCUGACAUGCUGUAUUAGCUUAUAUCCGCAAGCCAAGUGGGAGGAGCUUCGAACUGCUGGAAUUUUCAUGCUAUGGAUAUUUUUGUGGGACGAUGAAAUUGAUGAUGGCGGUACCCUAAUUGCUCACAGCGAAAGCGCCGCCAAUUCCUAUUGUCAAGACUCCUUGGAAUAUGCUCGUUUAGCUCUAGGGCUGAAUACGACAGACGAAAGCGUAUUCCAGAACCAGGAUUUUCAAAACAUGCAGUGCCCGGUUUCCACAAUGCUCUAUUUUCGAGAUGCUUGUGAAGUGUUAAGAACAGUAAUGGAUUCAGGUCAACGCAAUCGAUUAUUUCGGGAGCUACAGUCCUACAUGAUUUGGACUACAAAGGAACAGGUGGCUCGUGAAUCUGGGCAAAUUCUGAAACCUGAUCAGCACUUAGAAUUACGUAACUGGACAUCGGGGAUAUACCCCGUUAUUGCUAUAUUUGAGUUCAUCACCCAAGGAAAGCUUGACGAAUCUCUGAUCGAGUCGGAGGAUAUGAAGGUUAUUUGGACAGAAACCUGUUUUCUAUGCAUGCUUAUUAAUGAUAUACAUUCCGCGAAAAAAGAAUUGACAUCCGGGUCUAUGCUCAACGUAGUUCCCAUUCUCUUCCACGCUGACCAGGGCAACAACCUUGACGAUGUUAUGGAAAUCCUUGUGGGAAAACUGACGCUCGAUAUCUCGAUAUUUGUCGUACCACUGUUACACGGCUAUUGA